AUGCGUCCAAGGUCGAGCUGGGUGACUGCUGCUGUCUUCAAUAGACCCGUGCCCCAGGAUGCUGUUAUCCUCUUCAGGUGCUUUACCAUCUUCAUAAACGGUGAUGAAGUCUCAGCGUCUGUAGUAGUCCAGAACCCCUUGGGCGAGGAGCAGGCUCUUACUGUCUCAGUUACUGCACCAGGGGCUGGAUAUAUAGGCGUGAUCGUGACAUGGGACGGCAAGACCUUAAUCCUCACCGUAUACGCCGGCGGCGCCGUGUACCAGGACUCUGCUACAGUACCAGAUGACCCCGACAACGAUUUUAUAUGGUCCAUUGUUUGUGAGCCACAAGAGCCUUUAUUCGUCGGCCACGUACCACCCAAAUACAGCGUACCAGGUCUCCCAGGAAGCUAUUCUGGCAAUAUUUGUUUGCUAUUCUUUACCGACAAAUUGUACCCUAACGCCGAAGCUGUCAAAGCUGAUAUGCAGAUUGACUACUAUGGUCCACCGUGGUCAUAAUUAUUGGCUAUCGAUAAAGACGACAGACCCCCAGCAAAGAGAGAAACGGCGAUAAUCGCGUCCCGCAGAGAGAACAUCUUUAUGUAUAAAACAGGACUCUUAAGUUCCAAUGAUGAUUUUUAAUAAUCGGAUGUAGAACUGGAUUCCUGAAAAAAAAACGUGGUCGUGAUUGACACGUUUCUUGUUGCUGGAGAGAUAUGAUUUUACGAUUAUGAUGUCUUAACUUGUUCCUGUAGUACAAUAGAAAUAAAAUCCUGUGCUAAACGCAGAGAUUCUGAAUAAACCUUAGA